AUGCGGGUGACAGCACUCUGUCUGGCUAUUGGCGCGUGCGGCACCGUCGUCGCGACAGCGACCGCCGCAACCGCGCUCUGGGCUCUGCUCUCUUUCAUCCCCCUCGUCAACCUCGUCGCGAUCCCUUCCCUCAUUGGUAGCGUGCUGCUGCUAGUACACAUUCUUCCUGUUGCUGCCUACUUGCUUCUCGCGCAGACCGACGCGCCGAAGCACUCUGGAAGUCUCUUCCUACCGUUCAGCCCAGACCAACCUUCAACCCCCAAGCCUCAAGCAUACACCUUGCUGACAGUACCUCCAGCUCGCCACCUUGGCCUGCUCGUGGCAGUCAUCCACUAUACCAGCUAUGUCGUUACGACCGCACCUUCCAUUCUCGGCGCAUUCCUCCGAACCAUUGUACGGCUAUGGAACACACCCGACCCAGAUACGGCGCGCCGCUCUUCGUGGCUCACCCCAUGGUGGGAGCGCUUCGCAGUUUUUGGUAUCCCCUAUCAACCUCCGCGCCACGGGCGCGUCUACCGCCUGGACGUGUUCAAGGCACAAGAGGUGGUGGCUGCUAGCGUCCCCAAGCCCAUGAGUGGCGACGACCUCUCGCCGGCGAUAUCUCCCGUGUCCAGUUGCGCCACUUUGCCCGACGUCGAUCGCGGUAGCCGAAUCGACACAGACGAGUUCCCGACCACGGUGUGGAGCGACCAACCGCAAGGUUCUCCAAUGGACGACAUCCCCGCGCCGGAAGAAGGACUGAAACCCGUGGUGAUCUUCCUGUACGACGUCGGUAUGAUGGGGCCAAUCCGUCCAGCGCGCUGGAUGUUCAGUCUGGUUGGUCUCAAGCUCGCCGAACAGGGUUACGUGACUGUCGUGCCCGACAUUACCAUGUACCCCUGGGGCCAAAUUGAGGACCAAGUCGCGGACGUCCGCAGUGUCGUGACUUGGGUCAAGAAGGAAGCUCGCGCCUUUGGCGGCGACCCGACCAACAUUUACCUUUGCGGCCACGGCCUUGGUGCCCACCUCGGCAUGUACACGGUCGCACAGGACGCGGUCGUGCAUUCACGAGACCGACUCGAGAUCCACAAUGCCGCCUCGCACUGGCAACACGUUGGCUCGUCGGACCAGCCACAGCAUUCGCGUGACAUCCCCAACGGUGUGCGCUCGCUUCGCAUCUAUGCUCCAGAAGUCGAAUUGCCACAUAUCCGUGGUGUCAUCAUGCUGUCUCCCGUUGCCGACGUUAUCAAGCAGGUCCGCCACGAGGCCAAGUGCUGGCUCGAGCAUGUCUCGCCUCUUCGUCGAGCCCUCGGCUCGUCGCAGACAAAGUGCAUGCGCCACAGUCUCGGGCACAUUCUCUUCGCUGCCCGAAACAUUGUCGAGCUGGACUGGAUGCCCGACCACGUCCUUGUCAUACACGGUGGCAACGACCAGCUUGUGCCCGUGUGGCAGUCAGUGUGGCUCGCCGACCUUCUCAACGGUCUCGACGUGCCCACUGCUAUUCGCCAGCACGCACGUUUGGCACACUUUGACGUCGUCACGGGCCUCAUGUCUGGCCUUGAAUCCAAGAGCACGGCGUGGCUCCUCCAUGACAUCCGCGCAUUCAUUGACGGCGCAAACUAA